AUGCUUGAGAUCGUGACUUUGCAAUUUGGUCAUUUUUCUAACUAUGUUGGUGCGCAUUUUUGGAACACUCAAGAGGAAUAUUUUUCAUUUGACACUGGUCAACAUGCUCAAGAAAUCGAGGUUCUUCAUGAUACUCUCUUUCGUGCGGGCGUUACUCAAAAUGGAAUCGAAACUUAUACUCCACGAUUGAUGAUUUAUGAUUUGAAAG